AUGACGUCUAGUAACAGAGACUCAUAUGCUUCCAACACCUCGUCACCUAUCACUACCAUCGAUGCUAUUAUGCGGAGACAGCCUUCGAUGCUAGAUAUGGAGGAAGAGAGGAAGAGCUUCGGCUCUGGAUUGGAGAUCUUGGAGCCGAGACCAUUGGUCUACUGGGGUGGACUGGAAGAGAGAAUGGGAUCUUUGUAG